GGUGGUUGGAGAGGCAGCUUGGCCAGAAAGCUGAGACACUGUGCAAUGUUACCUGCUGAAUAAUAGAGGAACAGAGAUCCUGCUGGCCAGGGAAUGUGAUCCUGGUAGGCAGAGCUGAUAAGACAUCUGAGCUCCCAGCAGCUGCAUUAACAACUGCAGAGAAGGAGCCUUCCUGCUAAUUACUCUGCACAGUGCAGGCUAUUGAAGGCAAAGUCAGAGCAGCAGCAGCUCUCCAAACCCAAAAGCUGCCCAAAUAGGGUCUCCUGGGCGUGGAAAAAAAGGAUCCGUGGACAGCACCUACCAAAAGGAGAGGGGAGGAAUGGCUUUAGAGCUCUGGGAAUGAGGGGGACAGUGUGAACUAGGUCAGGGACACAGCACCAGAGAGCAGCCAGCUCAAGGGCAAAGCUGGGCAGAGCCAAGAGAGCAGUCCGAAGUUUCCAAAGUGACCAAGCAGAGAGAUCCUUCCUUUGACUGGUGCUGCAGAGCCCUCUCUCCACUCUGGUGGCAGGUACCUGCUGGCCUUGUCACUGAAGGUCCCACAAAGGUCAUCUCCAUGUCCAGAGGAGGGGAGAUAGUAUAUAUCCCGGAUGACUCUGACUUCAGCUCAUUCAGGGACCAGUGUGAGAAAUCUGAGGGCUGGCACUGCCAGUACAACAAAGGCAGCGUGACAGUUUGGAGUCAUGGACAGCAGGAGAGCAGGACGGUGCAGAAGAUCAAGAUGCGGAUCUCCUGCAAAGAUGUUUCUGCAGAAACGCUUUAUGAUGUGCUGCAUGACACCCACUACCGCAAAAAAUGGGACUCCAACAUGAUCGAGACCUACGACAUUGGGCGCCUGACAGUCAAUGCCGACGUGGGAUACUACUCCUGGAAAUGUCCAAGCCCCCUGAAGAACAGGGACUUUGUCACCCUGCGCUCCUGGCUGCCCCUUGGCAAUGACUACAUGAUCAUCAACUACAGUGUCAAGCAUCCGAAGUACCCACCCCGGAAGGACUUUGUGAGAGCCAUGUCCCUGCAGACAGGCUACCUGAUUAAGUCAAAUGGAGCCAACAGCUGCAUCCUCUACUACCUCACCCAGGUGGACCCCCGAGGCUCAUUACCAAAGUGGGUGGUGAACAAAGUUUCCCAGUUUGUGGCACCAAAGGCUAUGAAAAAGAUCUACAAGGCAGGGUUGAAGUACCCAGAGUGGAAACGGAAGCACAACCCCACCUUCAAGCCCUGGGUGUACCCAGAGCAAAACACACUGCCCAGCGUCAGUCUGGCUGAGCUGUCCCUGCAGCAUGCUGAUUCCCUGGAGAACAUUGACGAAAGCAACCUAUCUGAGGAGAGGAUGCACAUCAGUGAUGAUGAAGCCUGAGCAAGCCUCCUGCUGCCAUGUGCCUGCCAGCAGGACUGGAGACAGCCUUGUCCUUUCCCCACUUUCCCUUACAUCUCUCACUGGGGUAGGACUGGGUACCCAUCACCCUGCAUCUGCAAGAGCCUAGCAAUGCUCACAGGCAUACUUGCAGUUGUGUCUUCAGUGCUCUUAGUAGAAGUGUCUUCUUCAGGAUCUGUCCCUAGUGUUCUCUUGUACAUGGAGCAGGAAAUUGUUCUAGCACCUGCUAUGCACACAGCCCUGUGCCAGGGCAGAAAGAACUGCCCUGAGCUACUGCCACAUGCACAGAGCCCUGCUUUGGAAGGGAGAGAAUUGCUCUUCCUCCCAAGCUUCCCUGCUGUUCCUGCUUUCCCCCAUCCAUACUCAAGUCCUCUGCUGAGGAGUGAAAGAACUGCCCUCACCUGUCCUGGACAUGGACUAUGUGCUGAGGAAGGGAGAACUGGAUAAGCUUUGCCUGGGCAGAGGUGGCCAUGUGGAGCACCCCCAAACCAGGUGGCACAGAGGUGGCUGUGACAGCACAUCACCCCACAGAGUCCCAGGGGCUGGAGUGGUUCAGGGUAUGUCCAGGGUUUGGCAAAGCAGGGAGGAGGUACAAAUGGGGUGCUCCUAGCCUUUGGCUAUUCCUUUGCUGCCACUGGUCCUAAAGUGGCCCUGGAAAUGGAGGCACAGUAAGGGUUACUCUAACUAGCAUGGCCCAGAGUUGGGAAGACACAAACAGAAUCCCUCUAUCCAUCCCCAGGAUCUGCAGUGGUGCAGGAAUGGCUUAGCAUCCUUAUUUCCCCUAUCUGAUUCUCAGCCUCUCUCCCCAGCCAGAUGCACAACCAAGAGAGUCCCGUUCCAGGACAUGGCAGGCAUGUUCACUCAGCCUUGAUUAGCUCUCAGUUCUGGAAUGCACCUGAAGCCCAACUUCCUGGUAUCUAGCCAAUUCCAGAAGGGGUGCUGCAGUCCAGCUACAGCUCUGGGGCUUUGCCAGCAGCAUGGUGGGGGUGAGGCUGGGAUUCACUCUGAGAGUGGGAUCCUGAGCCAGUGCAGAGGCCAUUCAAAUUACAUUUACUCUGGACCUGUAUUGACAUUUCUCUUGUAGGUUGUU